AUGGCGAUGAAAGACGUUGCUUUGUCCAGCGGUUCAGCAUGCACGUCAGCAUCAUUGGAACCAUCGUACGUAUUAAGAGCCAUCGGAGCCGAUGAAGAUUUAGCACAUUCAUCAAUACGAUUCGGUUUGGGAAGGUUCACGACCAUAGAAGAAGUUGAUUACACGGCUGAAAAAUGCAUCAAACACGUUCAAAGGCUUAGAGAAAUGAGGUUUGAUAGAAUACAUAUAGUGAAGAUUGAGAGAAGAGAGUGUGAGUGA